AGGAAGCCUGAGCAGGAACUGAGGAAUUGGAACAGAAAAGUGGGUGGAGCCACUGGGCUCCACCCCCGCCCUCCCGCUCCCCUACAACCUACUUUCUGCGGAGUCGGUCUGGACAGGAGCCUGGGGAGGGGCGAUGGUGCCAAGCCAGUUGUGGGGGAGACUGGAGAAGCCGCUUCUCUUCCUGUGCUGUGCCUCCUUCCUCCUGGGGCUGGCUUUGCUGGGCAUACAGCCAGACAUCGCCUCCGUUGCUUACUUCUUUCUCGCCUUGGGUGGCUUCUUUUUGUUUGUCUGCCUCCUGGCCUGUUCUCUGGAAUGGGGAUUCCGAUCAAUGCAGACGGAGAACCCAGGGGCCUCGGGCAGUACACGCGACAAUGAAGCCUUUGAGGUGCCAACCUACGAAGAAGCUGUGGUGCUGGAAUCACAAUGCCGCCCCCAGCAGCUGGAUCAACCACCCCCCUACAGCAGCGUUGUAAUCCCUCCAGGACUUGAGGAAGGACAGCCUAGCCAUCCAGACGGCCCCGAUAGAGCCAGACAAGGAAGGCGAGUGGGCUCAGAGGGGUCUGUGACUGGAAGAGUUCCAGUCAGCCUCCGGCUUCGGGGAACCCGGGUCAUGUCCACUGCUCCUGAUCUGCAGAGCUUGGGGGUGCACCCCACGUUGGAGCCUCUUACUCCACCCCCCGCCUAUGAUGUCAGCUUUGAUCAACCGGAUGAUGAUGUUUUCUUUGAAAACAACUGGACACCCCCCUAAAAGACUUUCCCAUGAUAUAUUAUCAUCUCUGCACCAGACCCAUUCGUGCAUUUGAACCAACAUUUUUCCAGUUCCUGCUAUAUGUCAGGAACUGUGUUUCUGCGUGGAGAAAUGAACACAGAGGGGAGUCAGGCUACCAUAAGCCUUUUCCAGCGGGGAUGUUUGUGGCACCAUUUGAGUAUUCAGGUAACGUUCAGUGACCUACCCCAUAUCCGGUGUUUCCAGAGUUAAAUGGAGGGUGAGAGGAGGAGUAUCCAGAGAAUCUGGAUAAGGAAGAAAAGAAACAUUUGAGUGACAACUUUGUUGUUUCUGUUCUGGGUGCUUCUCUCUACCACUCAGUUAGGCUUUCCAGCCAUAUGAGAUGUUAAUACCCUUAUUUGAAAAAUGAGGGUUCCAAGGGACAGUUAAGUUUAAGAACUUGGACAGGGCACACUGCUAGUAAACAGCAUAAAAAUUAUUUAAACUCUACUCUUCUGAUCCCAAAUCCUAUUGUAUUUUCAAAUACAAGGUCACCCACAAAUCUCUCAAUCUUUACCUUGGACAAUUGCUGGAGAGGGGUGGGAGACUUCCUAUAGACAGAAUGGUGGAAUAGUUGUGUCUACAGGCAGUGCGGGCUGAGUGUGACCAAGUGUGUCCAGCCUCCUGGAUAAGAAAAACUAAUCAAAGCUGAGACAGCCCCGGCUCCAGUUAGGGAGCAGUUUCUGCCCAGGGGCUGAAGAGCACUCUCUAGUGCUUGCUAACGGGAAGCAGUGGAGUAAAUUGCCCCGGGGGGAGGGGCUUCCGAUUUCGAGAUGGGUGGACGAGGCUGAGAAAGGA